CCCUAUAAAGAGUAGCAGCCCAGAUCCAACACCAUAUCUAUUCACGCAGAAUUCUCUCCUCUUGACAUCUUCUGCUGCUUUCUCGUUUCUACUCAGUGAGGAAGAAAGGAAAAAAUGCAGGCAAGUGAUAGAUUCAAUAUCAACUCCCAGCUAGAACACUUGCAAGCUAGAUAUGUAGGAACUGGACAUGCUGACUUGACUAGAUUUGAGUGGGCAGUUAAUAUUCAGCGCGAUUGCUAUGCUUCCUAUAUUGGCCACUACCCAAUGUUGGCCUACUUUGCUAUUGCGGAGAAUGAAUCUAUUGGAAGAGAGCGCUACAAUUUCAUGCAGAAAAUGCUUGCACCUUGUGGUCUUCCACCAGAGAGGGAAGAUGAUUAAGAGUUUUAACAUGCUAUGCAGCUAAAUAUUCUGGUCAUCUUCAAACCAAGUCCUCUCUGCUCCUGCUAUAUUGUAAUAACAGGAUCUGUAUUAUAAUCUCUAGUGCAUUUCUACUUCUGUUAGCUUUGUAAGUUGUAACCCACCCAAUGGAUUACUUAUUUUCCUUUUUUGGAUGAUGGGGAUACCAGUAGUCACUUUCUGAGGGUGUCCACUUGGUAAACUAUGCGAUCAGCAUUGAUGCUGUUUGAUGUUAAUUUAAUCUGAGAUUUUUACAGUUCUUUA